GCACGACGGAACAGGUGUACCAUCUUAAGUACUGUCAACACCUCAGCCUUAGCUCGAUUAGAACAAAUAUUUUGAAAGACAAUUGUAGUGUCUGAAUUCAGGAAUACCUGAUAACUCUUAAUUAAAUGCUAGUUUAGUUCACCAAUCAUACGACAAGGCUUCAUGUUUCUGCCAGGAACAUGCCAACUACAAUUUAGACUGCAACACAACUUGUGAGAAGACAAUACCUUCUUAAACGAACAACAUGGACCAACAGCUCAUGAAGGACAAAAAAGAACAGCAAAUUAAAGAUUUACGUCAUGGCUUGAAGAAUUUGAACAUGACAUUAAUUGUGUUAGAAGUAGGGCCUCCAACAACAACCAAAGAAAACAGAGAAGUUCGUUCGUGCAAAGUAGCAGACCCAACUGGAUGUGUAAACAUAUCUGUUUGGGAUGAGCCAGGGCAGUAUGUUCAGCCUGGAGACAUUAUCAGGCUCACUAAAGGUUAUGCAUCAAUGUGGCGGUCCUGUUUGACUUUGUACUGCAGUAAAGCUGGUGACAUACAAAAAAUUGGAGAGUACUGUAUGUUAUUUAGUGAACAGCCAAACAUGAGUGAACCAAAUCCAACGCUAGCAGCUCAAAUAGCUGCUCAAAAUCAAAAUUUGAACAAAAAUUCGGGGUCUGGAGUAAAUAAUGGUGUAAAUAACUCAAAUAAUGGCCCUCCUUUAGGCAGAAAUUCGGGUGGCGCAUCAACAUCUGCACACGCACCAGCGACAACAACUCAAAAUUCGUCUCAACCAUCUAAAUCUGGGGCUCGAUUUACAGCAAGCUCAACUGAAUCAAGUGGAAGAAAAUCACCUGUGAAAGGAAACGCUCGAGGACGAGGAGGACCGAGGCCAAGGGGAGGAGGUGAUAAGAGAUGAAUUAAUUAAUUUAAUCAGUAUUGUAGACUCAGUUUGUUUUUGUUACAUAAUUUUUGUAAAAUGUAUGUGUUUUUCUUUUACUGGGCGGAGUGGUCAACACUGCCAUGUGUAAUUCUACCUUUAUAAAAGUGAUUCUGUCUCUCAAUAAAUCAGAGUUUUUAUAAAAGGAGGAAGAAAAACUUCCA